GCAGUCAUUGGCUCUCUGGAACUAUAAAGCAUAUGCUCAUCCAGAAACAGCCUCAGAUUUUUCUUUCCCGGAGAUAGCCAGAAGUGAAUGGGCAUGCAGGGGCCGGACGCCCGAGAGCUGCAGGGCGCGGAUGCGCUGCGCCGCUUCCAGGGCCUGUUGUUGGACCGCCGCGGCAGGCUGCACGGGCAGCUGCUGCGCCUGCGCGAGGUGGCCCGGCGCCUCGAGCGCCUCCGCCGGCGUUCCCUGGCGGCCAACGUGGCUGGCAGCUCGCUGAGCGCCGCGGGCGCGGUCGCAGCCAUCGUGGGACUCUCGCUCAGCCCCGUCACCCUGGGGGUCUCUAUGCUGGCGUCGGCCGUGGGGCUGGGGGUGGCCACCGCCGGAGGGGCCGUCACCAUCACGUCCGACCUCUCCCUGAUCUCCUGCAACUCCCGGGAGCUGCGGCGGGUGCAGGAGAUCGCGGCCACCUGCCAGGACCAGAUGCGCGAGAUCCUGAGCUGCCUCGACUUCUUCCUUCGCGGGCAGGGCCGCGGGGACCGCCAGCUGCUGCAGAGCGGGAGGAACGCCUCCAUCGCGCUGUACAGCUCCGUCUACUUCAUCGUCUUCUUUGGCUCCCGCGGUUUCCUCAUCCCCAGGUGGGCCGAGGGUUCCACCAGGAUUAGCCAGGCCGUGCUGAAGGCCAAGAUCCAGAAACUGGCCGAGAGCCUGGAGUACUGCACCAGGGCUCUGGACAAGCUCAGCGAGCAACUGGAGUCCAGAGUCCAGCUCUACACGAAGAGCAGCCGUGGCCACGACCUCAAGAUCUCUGCUAACCAGUCCGCUGGGCUGUUUUUCUGAGAAUAUCUUUUCCCCCUAAUGACCGAGGCCAGAAACCAUCCCCAUGGGAUGCUCCAGAUUUGUAGCUCCCUCAGGAAAACACCAAGUUGGGUUAUAGGAGCUGAAUGCAAAGGAUGAGAAAAACUGUUCUU